AAGGACCGUCGCUCAGCCAAAUUUUGUCAAAUUGUCAGCGCUCCUUCUGAUUCUCCCUCGUCGUAAGAGAACAACAUGGACAAAGUGAAGUCUGCAUUUGUGGUUUGUCUGGUGUUGGGGUUGUUUCUUGGGCAGUCCAGAGCCAACUUUGAGGAUUGCUACGCGAGCUGCUUCAUCCUGUGCGCCAUCACGCCAGGUAACUCUCUCUUCUCCUGCUCUGUCAAGUGCUUGAAGGACUGUGUAAUUCCUCCUUCAGACAGCCUCGGAGAUACGCAGUACUUCUGCAAGCUCGGGUGCGCCUCCUCCUUGUGUACCAACCUCAGUUCAAAGGAUAACCCUGGCGAGAAAAGAGUUGCAGGUUGUGUGGAUUCUUGCUCGGAGACAUGUGCCCAUCAUGUGUAGCUUGCCCUCUGAGAAUCUAUGAACAAAUUUUGGAUCCUGAAGUCAAGUAAUACAUCAAUGAAUUGAAUGAAACGUCUAGAGUCUUGAGCCAUUUUCAGUUCCGGCAAAGUUUCUUAUGUGGUGUGUUAUGGUGAAUGUCAUUUUAUUCGGAUUCAAUAUUUAUCUCAAGAUGCCUAU